AAGAAAAAAAAAAUUUUAAAAAUUAAUACGGAAAUGAAGAAUUUAUAGCAUUACCUGGCGGGUGUGCCGCGAGAGAGAAAGGCCGAGAAAAACAAAAGAUUUUCCCGGAAAAGGAAAUCGAAAAAGCUUCUGAUUUUGUUCUCUUCCGUUGCUUUGUUGAGAUCCUCGUAACUAAUCUUCGUUUCAAACUCAUUCCGUGUCUCCUAUCUCUAUGCGUUUUCUGCUCAUCCUUCGGAAAUCUGAAUUUUUCCUGUUGAGAAUUUGAAGGUUUUUUUUUUUUUUUUUCGGUUCGUUCCGCUUUCAGAAUUUGGGGCUAAUCGGAGCCUAGGGCUUCCAUGCGGUUUUGAUUUCGAACGUGAACUGAAAAGCUGAGAAAUUGAUUCGGUGCAUUGAAUUGGAUGAUCGGGAUUAUCGGAAUCAGCCGAUGAGACGGCAAUGUGGUGUAUCAUAGAAGAAAAAUGGAGGUCAGAUCUGACGGCAUACCGGUCCGCUGCGACAAGAUUCCGGCUCCGGUGAUCCCGCGGACGCGAUUGCAGGUUUGGUUCAUUCGCGUGUGCUCCAGCAUUUUGGUAUGGACGUGUCUGGUGCAGCUUGUGGCCGUUGGAGAGCUGUGGCAUCCGCAUUUGUUCUCCAAUGUCACCAAUCGGAUGAAGCUGCUUCCGCUCCGCGUCGAGGAGGCGGCUCCGUCGCCGCCGCCUCUUCUUCCAGCGAGAAAAUAUAAAAGUAAUGGUUUUCUUAGGGUGUCCUGCAAUGGGGGCUUGAAUCAAAUGCGUGCAGCGAUCUGUGAUAUGGUGGCUGUUGCACGGCUAUUAAAUCUUACGCUGGUUGUUCCGGAGCUUGAUAAAAAGUCAUUCUGGGCUGAUCCUAGUAACUUUGAAGAUAUCUUUGAUGUGAAGCAUUUCAUUGAUUCGCUGAGAGAUGAAGUCCGAAUUGUCAGAAGACUGCCUAAAAGGUUUAACAGGAAACAUGGGCACAAGCCUCUUGAAAUGCCUCCUGUUAGUUGGUCAAACGAGAAUUUCUACAUGCAACAGAUUCUACCACUUUUCCAGAAGCAUAGGGUGCUGCAUUUCAAUAAGACAGAUGCACGUUUGGCAAACAAUGGGCUUCCUCUUUAUCUUCAGAAACUUAGAUGUCGUGUUAAUUUCCAGGCUUUGAGAUUCACUCCCCAGAUUGAGACUUUGGGGCACAAAUUGGUUCGCAUACUUCAGGAAAAGGGACCUUUUGUGGCUUUGCAUUUAAGAUAUGAGAUGGACAUGUUGUCUUUCUCGGGUUGUACUCGUGGCUGUACAGAGGUAGAAGCAGACGAGCUCAAAAGAAUGAGAUAUGCAUACAUUUGGUGGAGAGAUAAAGAAAUAGAUUCUGAAUUGAGAAGAUCACAAGGUUUAUGCCCUCUGACUCCAGAGGAGGCAACUUUAGUUUUGCAAGCAUUGGGUUUCGAUAAAAACACACAGAUCUAUAUAGCAGCUGGUGAGAUUUAUGGCAGUGAAUGGAGACUUGCGGCACUAAGAGCUGCAUUUCCACGAACAGUUAGAAAGGAAAUGUUGCUUGCUCCAGAAGAGUUGCAACAGUUCCAGAACCAUUCAUCUCAAAUGGCUGCUUUAGAUUUUAUGGUUUCUGUAGCGAGCAACACAUUCAUUCCCACCUAUGAUGGAAACAUGGCUAAAGUUGUUGAAGGUCAUCGUAGGUAUCUUGGGUUCAAAAGAACCAUCUUACUGGAUCGGAAAAAACUUGUGGGGUUAUUGGAUCUGCAUCAAAACGGGUCGCUUUCGUGGGAUGAGUUUGCGGUUGCCGUUCAAGUGGCUCACCAGAAAAGGAUGGGACAGCCAAGUCGACGCAUAGUUGUUCCAGACAAGCCAAAGGAGGAAGAUUAUUUCUAUGCAAAUCCCGAAGAGUGCCUCUGCGAGGGAACAACCCGUGAUGACUUGUUUAGCUCUGGUAACUCAACUAAGCUUGGGUGACUGCAAUCAAAUCAAAUUUAAUUUAUCUUCUGAAGUGUUUCGACAGAAUCUCCUCCAACAUAGUAAGGUUAAUCACAACGUCUUCAUAACAGAGGCAUUGAUUACCUUGUAUACCCACACCCCCCGAGUUUUGUAGGAAACGGUAACAAAUGACGAUUGAGUUCCCAUUUUGGGCAUCUAAGUUAUGGUGUUAAUUUUUUUAGUGUUUAUAUUUAUUUGUUCACAAGUGUUCAGCGCCAUUAAAUUAUUAUAUAUAGCAAAAAAAGUGCCUCUAGUUGGAGUUC